GGUGAUUAUUGAUUGAUGAUUUUUUCAAUUUAGUUCAGCUUCAAUCAAUUCAGUUCAGUAAAUCAGAUAUGCAAUUGACCCGACCGGGCAAAGGGCAAACCAUAUUGUACACCUUCAAGAAGUGUACCGAGGAAGCCAAUAUACGAAGCAGUCACAAUCACCCAAAAAAAAAAAAAAAAACGAAUUCUAUAAUUGGCGCUCAUUUUCCUCUGAUACAGUACAUUUUUCAAACACUCAGUACGCCCCUCACUCAUUCCUCCAUCUCAUGAUUCUCAUCCGCCAUGGAUGAACAAACUCAAGCUUCAUCUCUCAUCUCAAAGCUCGAAACCUACGAAUUCGCCGAAAUCUACACUCUCUUCUCCGAAUUUCUGCAACCAUUCUCUCUCCUCAAUUCCACCAAACCUCAAAACCCUAGCAAAAAACCCUCUCGCAGCAAAAAACCCUCACAAUUUUCUCCUUCUUCGCCAAUUAGGUCACUUGCAAAGACAUUUCUAUCUUUCGUUAGUCAGUCUCUUUCUCUCCUCCCGAAAUGCCUCUCCGAAUCUCCUAAACACCCGAAAACUCGCGAAUUUGUGGCUCAAUUGCUCGAUUGUUACAUAUUGUGCUUAGAUUGUUUGGAUGUUAUGUCUUCCGAGCUUUCGGGUAAGCCGUAUUGUGUGCAUUUGCAGAGAGGUAGGUAUGUACAUUGUUUGAUUAGGUGGGAGAGGUAUGAGGAUGCUAUCAAUGAAGGGUUUAGGGUUUUGAAGGACCUUGGAGGGGUUAAGCUUGAAGGGGCUGGAUGGAAGGUUUCGAUGGGGGAGCUCGUUCCUCGAUUAAUCGUUGUCGAUUUCGAUGAUAAUGGAGGAGUGGAGGUGGAGGAAGAUUUUGUGCACCUAAUUGUGGAUUUGGUUGUUGCUGUUGCACAGUCUGUAUCGUUGAGUAAGGUUAAAGAUGCUGGGAAGUAUACUGGUUUGUUGAUCUUGCUCGACGAGGUUCACCCGUGGUUCAGGCAUCUGGAAACUAGUGUAUGCAGUAAGCUGCAAUGGAAGCUAUUAGCUCACAUGAAGAAUGCUGCGCUGUUUUUGGUUAGAGAAGUUACACAUUUUAAAGGGGAUUUGGUACCUGGUUUCUGUGCUGCUGUAUUCAACGAGUAUACACAAUUAUUGAAAGCUCAAAGUAUCCAGGGGACAACAACGGAGGAACAAGAAGAAUUUGUAAAAUUUGUAUCAAAUUGUACAUCCAAAUGUCGGUCAGCAAGCAAGAAUGUCCGGGUCUCCAUUGCUAUGCAUUUGUACAAAUCUGCUGACAAUUUCUCUCAGGGUUUUUCAUACUUCACACUUAUUCAGAGAUUUCAUGCUUUGGGGCUAUACUUCUAUGAGUUAUGUUUUGAAUCAAACAAUUGUAUGUCUUCGACUUCAGGGAGCUCAACAGGUAGUCAUUCUGUGGGAUUCUCUCCCAAUGAUUGGGAUCAGCUAAAAGAUUUAUCUUGUUUGCUGUGUAGUGGCAAGAAAUACUACCCUUCUCACCUAGAGGUCUAUGUCAACCCACUAAGUCAUGAUUUCAGGGAUUAUGUUGAGAAAGCAUCUAUAAGUUCUAGAGCUGGUUGUAAGAUUUCUAAAUCCUUUAAGUCAACAAAUGGGGAAGAAAUUCUAUCUUAUUAUCUGAAUGCCUUGAAGUUCCUAUGUUGGCCACUUGCUGACUUUGUAACUUCAGAAAGAAAAAGGAUAAUUGUGGAAGACACAGAGUCCCCCCUAGGAGAAGCAUUGAAGCAUAUCCUGGAGGCAUUCCUUGAAUACAGCUAUCUCUUUUCUCAUUGUCAGCAGAAUAGCGAAUCUCGUGUUGAAAUUGACAUGAUUGUGCUAAACAUCUCCGUGGCUUGUUUUACUCUCUCCCUGAAGCUAAAUCUCAUCACCGAGGGAAGUACAAGGCUUGUAAAUUAUAUUCUCUCUGAUGAGUGUACUUCAUUGUUACGGCCUCACAUGCUGAAGUACAUCAUAGCCAUGCUUCACAACAAUUUUGUCGAAUUCUACAGACAUGAACAGUUUAAAGAGGCCUUUGAUGCAUUAGAGUUAUGUUCUAGAGCAUCAUGGAAUCGCUGUUUACUUUUGUGUGAGAUACAUGUGGGCAAGCAGAACGGAGUUGAUGGAGAGGUAUCGGAAACUAUGAUUGCCGAGUCUGUGAAUGAGGCAUGCAAAGUUGGUUAUCUUCUUAUUGACAUUGACCAUCGUAUUGAUAGCGGUAAAGUGGAGAAGGCAAUAGAUAGCGGACUUGUAAAGUGGUGCCUUGCCAAAAAUCUUUUAAGGCAGCUCCCUUGUCCUGUGACAUUGAUAAAGAACUGGACUAAGGUAAUUUUAGUGAUUUUUAUUUUUGCAGUUUUUUUUUUUAGUUGGCGCGCUACUAAUCUCAUCUUACUUUUGCAGAUGCAGUGUAAGUUGUAUAAGAAUACCGAAGAUGAUGCUCCAAUCUUGGGUUAUAAUCUCCUCCAAUCUCCUUGCUUGGCGAAAAACAAUAUUUCAUCUGAAAUUGUUGGGACCAUUUUAGAGCAGGAACUUUCAGCUUACCAGGAGAUGAGCAACUUGUAUCCUAUAUUUUGUCAGAGAAUGCAAAUGAAUUUAAUUGACACCCUCUUGAAGAAAUUGUAUAUAUCUAGCAAGUGCUUGCAGAGAUCGACUAUUCUAGUCAAGAAAGGAUUGUUAUUAAGGACCUUUGGAAUUGAAAAUCUGGACGAUUGUAUCCGUUGUUUGUCAAAAGCAAUUGAAUCAGUUAAUGGCUUGUCUGGUGAUAAAGUGUAUAAUCAGUUAGCUGUUGUGUAUUGUUUGCGCGCGCUUUCCAGCCAUGAAGCUGACCCAACAUCAAAGGAUAUGUUUAGAGAUAUCCAUGAGGCCGUAGACCUAUGGUUGACGACUAUUGAUGUUUUUUGUUGCUCUUCUAGUGGCAAUUGUGGGAUGGGAUGUGAGUCUGUGUUGCAGCUUCUGUAUCACAUUGCUGAUUUAUUGUCCAUCAAGGGCGAUGUGACUCUUCAUGCAAAAGUACUAUCUGUAAUCAUGAAAGUGUUUAAACAGUUGAAUGUCCCACUGGAGAAGUGUCUGUCACUAUUGUGGGAGUCGCGAAGGGUUAACCAUGCACUAUGUGCCGUACCCAUUAAUGAGGCAUUCAUUGAGGCUCUUUCAAAACAUUAUGGUAAAGAGGCGGAGUCUCUUGAAUUCUGGAUUAGUUGUUUUAAAGAUUCCCAGCCGCUACUAGUAGGGCUGCAGCAAAAUUUCUCGUUUUUAUCCUCUCUUUUUCCCCUUGCUUUCUUUCAACGCAAGCAUUCUUUACAGUCCGAGAUCUCUGUUGAUGAAGUGAAAAAAAUUGCAUCGAACCUUCUUUCAAAUGUUUCUGUAUCUCGUAGCUCAGCUUUUCUAGCUGGAUAUAUAUACCAUGAUUUGAGUGAAUGGCUUUGUGCUGGUGGAAGGACUAUUGAGGCAUUUGUUUAUGCAAAAGAAGCUCAUCGGUUGCGUGGUAAGCUAUUGCAAGAGCAUUUUUCUUGCUCAAUUCAACAAUAUGAUGAAAACCAAAAACUUGAGGAAUCUAUAAGGAAAUCAUCAGCUGUUGUUAGUCAGCUCUCUGUGUUGAAUCAAAUAGCUAUUAGAGCCUGGCCCGUUAAUUCUGUUGCACCGUCUUUAGACAGUUCUUCUCUUUCCCCGUGGAAUGUGCUUCGCUGUUAUCUUGAGAGCACACUGCAGGUUGGUAUAAUCCAUGAAAAGCUUGGAAAUGUUGCUGAGGCAGAAGCUCAGUUUAUAUUAGGCAAGAGUAUCUCCUGCUUGCAGUGCCUGCCCCGUUUCAUUUUCAGAUUUUCCUCUUGUUUAGGGAAAAUAUACCACGGUAUGGGCCUUUUGGACUUGGCAUCCACAGAAUCAUCAGAGCAAAAUUUAGAUUUUGAAAGUAACUCUAUGACUUGCUCAAGGUGUUUACUCAUGUUGGAAAGUGAUAUUAUUGAACUUGGUAAUUUGCGUAGAAAAGGUGUUGAUUGUGCUCCAGGAAAUCCUUAUGAAUCAUCUAUUCUAAAUCUGUUAUCGCUUGAGGAAUCCAGAGUAUCACACUCUGUGCAUGAAUGUGAUGCUGCUAUUUCAGGCAUUGACACUAUAUCAAGGCCUACAAAAGCAAAAGCUAUUGUGGAAGCUAAAAGGACCAGGAAGACAAAAAAGGAACUAGAAACUCAGGUAACUGUUAAUUCAUGUGCAGCUGAGCAGAAUAAAAGGGUAACUCGUUCUAGAAAGCUGUCUUCUAAUGCCAAAAGCACUGCCUUUGUCAAAGACGGAAAGAAUGUUACAACUUGCCAGACCAAUGGCCAGCUGGAAACUGAAGAAGCUGUUGUUUCUAAGAAAAUUUCAUGCCAGAAAUGUUUUUCAAGCGAACUUAAUUUAUUUGGUUCUUUAGCUUGUUUUAUUCAAAUGAAGUGGGAGUUUGUUCGCCGGCAACAAAUAUUGAGACUACUCAUUGGAUUAGGGAAGCAUCAGGGAGCUUUGGUUGGAACUCAUAGAUUGCACACUAUAUACUCUAAAUGCAUAUUUAUAUUGCUGGGAGGAAAUGAUUGUCAUUGUUCAAGCUCUACUGUUCUAGAUUUUGAUUCUAUCAGCAAGGAGAUUCCUGGGGAUAUUUUGGUUAGCGAACGUGCAGAAGUGCUGUACAAUAUUUGUUUUUUUUCCUUGAAAGCUUUGUGUUCUGAGGACAUCAGGACUACUUGUUUUCCUUUUUGCUGCAUCCAAAUGUCUCAUGUAAUAUCCUUCCUAAAGCUAUCCUUUGUGCUGAGUCGUGAGAUUCCUUUGCUCUUUCAGAAGGUGUCGAGACUGCUAGCUUUGGUUUAUGUGGUUUCGUCUUCCAAGAAGAACUUCUCUUCUCUUAUAUCUUGCAAAGUGCUUUCAGAAAGUUAUUGGGCCGCUUAUUUUCAUCAAGCCUCAGUUGGAUCUCAUCAUGAUUUGCAGCUACUUUCAGCCAUUUCUUUGAAGCAUAAAUCCCAGUUGGUAUCCAAAAAUGAGGGUUGUGAAGCUGCUGAUGCGACAAGCGUAACAGAUACAUGCAAGUUGCUUAGGACUGUUCCUGAAUCAACAAAAGAUAUGGAAUCAUGUGUGGCAAAGUUUUUUGAAAACCUUCCCAGUACCACAAUAGUAUGUGUGAGCAUACUAGGAGCUUCUUAUGCGAGCCUUUUAAAAGAAUUGAUGUGUUGUCCCUCUACUGUUUAUGGUUGGAUGCUCUUGUCCCAUUUUGAUGCUGACAGUCAGCCAGCUGUGAUAAUGUUACCGCUAAGUACUGUUAUCCAAGAAGAAGAACCGAAUACAAGCUGCUCAAUCUUUGGUGAGAAGAAUGUACUAAAGGAAUGGUGCUCACCAUGGGGCUCCAAUGCCCUGGUUGAUGAUGUAGCUCCUUUGUUUAAAUUGAUUUUGCGAGGAAAUUACUUAUCUUGCUCAAGCUUUCCUGAAGAACACACUGAAAAAAGCCGUGAACUAUGGUGGACUUUGAGAGAUAACCUUGAUAAGUGCCUGCAUAAGUUACUGUGGGAUAUAGAAGAAAAAUGGCUUGGUCAGUGGAAAUACUUGCUUCUGGGUCGAUGGUUGGACACUGACCCCCUUAAGUGUGCUGUGAAGGAGUUCAUGGAUAAUACCAGAAAAGAUGGAUGUAUAUUGGAUAUAAAUGAAAGUAUAGUAAAGAUAGUUAUAGGAGGCAUCAAGUCCAUUAAUAUGGAAAAAUUGAAAAUCCCAAAGUCAUUCCUUGAGAAAGGUUGUUUCAUUGGAAGCAUCAUAGAUUCUGUUCGAGGACUGGAUAAGGAAUAUGAUGGUGUUCAUUAUGUAUCAGAUUUACUCAUUGCUGCAGCUAACCAGGUUGAGUUAGAAUGCUGCAGCCGCAGGGAACCUGUUGUUCUUGUACUAGACAGCGACAUUCAGAUGCUUCCUUGGGAGAGCAUUCCUAUUAUGAGGGAGCAAGAGGUGUAUCGCAUGCCCUCUGUUGCAAGUAUCUUCAUGGCUUUGCAAAGGAGGUCUGUCUUAGAAGAAGCUGCUAGGCUUGGUACCAAAUUUCCAUUGAUUGAUCCACUGGAUGCUUUUUAUCUCCUGAAUCCAAGUGGUGACCUAAGUCGCACACAAUCUGAAUUUGAGGAGUGGUUUAGAUAUCAGAACAUGCAGGGAAAGGCAGGAGUUGUUCCGUCAACUGAAGAGUUGAGGGCAGCAUUGGAGAACCAUGAUCUAUUCCUAUAUUUUGGCCAUGGAAGUGGUGCACAAUAUAUGCCCAGAGACAAGAUCCAAAAACUAGAAAGCUGCUCUGCUAUGCUUCUUAUGGGAUGCAGCAGCGGAUCUUUGAACUUAAACGGGUGCUAUGCUCCAGUUGGUACUUCACUCUCGUAUAUGUUAGCUGGCGCUCCUAUUGUGGUUGCUAACCUGUGGGAAGUGACAGACUUGGACAUUGACCGUUUUGCUAAAGCCGUGCUUAAAUAUUUCUUUGAAGAAAGAUCAAUGUCUUCCACAGACUGCAUUCAAUGCAGUUUAUUAGCCGAAGAAUUGGAGUCUAUGAGCGUAAAUGAAAGGAAAAGAAACCCUAAGAAAGGCCGAGGAAAGAAGAAAGCAGUUGAUCCUGUGCCUGAUGUUUCAGGUGAAUAUUGCUACAAACAUAAGUUAAGAGCUGGAUAUUUUGUAAGUCAAGCUCGAAAAGCAUGUAAACUUCCCUUCUUGAUUGGAGCUGCACCUGUUUGUUAUGGUGUUCCUACAGGUAUAAAGAAAAAGAAAGAUAUUUAGUCCUCCGCAUCUUGUUGAUCCCCUUCAAACAAGUGAGGGGUAUAGAUUUGUUGUACAAUUAGUUGAUCAGUGUAACACAUUAUAAUCCUAGAUUUAGCAUGAAAAAAAAAAAAAAGCAAGAAAAG